CACGCAAACGCGCCACCAGCUGACAACGCCAGUCCGUGCCCGACGCGCGCUUCGGCUCGACACGUUACUCCCGUACACCCAACCAUCGCCACGCGUUACAAUUAUUACAUUCGUGGUACUUUUGCGUUAGAGCUCCGUACUUUGAUGGACAAAAGUGCCAUUGGUUUUCCUUUCCGGCCUCCUUUCGUACGGCUUGUCCGAGCCACUCAGCUUUAGCACCGCGUGCAGAGUGUGUGUAUAUACAGUGCGUAUACGUUUGACUUUUGUUUCACGAGCCCCGUCAAGAGCUAGUUACUUACUCCUACCAACGUUGGCUCAUGUAUGUCCUCGAAGAUGAAGGUGCGGCGAAAAAAGUCGCUAGUGUGUGUAUUACUACGUGAAAAAAAUUGGGUCUUUUGCGGAUAACGAGGCUUGACAUUCACUAGAUGUACCGCUAGAGGAGGGAAAAACCAAUCAAGAUGUUGAUCAAAGAGUAUCGGAUACCACUUCCGCUCACCGUGCAGGAGUACAAGAUUGCCCAGCUGUACAUGAUAGCCAAAAAAUCUCGGGAGGAGAGCAAGGGUGCGGGCAGCGGUGUGGAGAUAAUCGUGAACGAACCGUACUCUAAUGGGCCCGGUGGUAACGGCCAAUACACCCACAAAAUCUAUCACGUGGGUAGCCACUUGCCCGGAUGGUUCAAGAGCCUCCUGCCCAAGUCGGCGCUCAUGGUCAAGGAGGAGGCCUGGAACGCCUAUCCGUACACGAAGACGCGCUACACGUGUCCCUUCGUCGAGAAGUUUUCCAUCGAAAUCGAGACUUACUACUUCCCCGACAACGGCUACCAGGACAACGUGUUCAAGCUGUCCGGCAGCGAUCUCAGGAAUCGCGUUGUCGACGUAAUCGACAUAGUGAAGGACCAGCUGACUGGAGCCGAUUACGUCAAAGAGGAGGACCCGACGCUUUACGUGUCAGAAAAAACUGGAAGAGGUCCAUUGUCGGAAAAUUGGCUCGAGGAGUAUUGGGCCGAUGUCAAAGGUAAAGCUCAGCCCACGCAGUCGGGCAAGUCGCUGAUGUGCGCUUACAAAUUGUGCCGCGUCGAGUUCCGCUACUGGGGCAUGCAGACCAAGCUCGAGAAGUUCAUACAGGAUAUAGCGUUGAGGAAAACAAUGGUGCGAGCGCACCGGCAAGCCUGGGCCUGGCAGGACGAGUGGAACGGCUUGACGAUAGAGGACAUCCGGGAGAUCGAGCGCCAGACUCAGUUGGCAUUGCAGGCAACGAUGGGCCAGGGGGAGGGGGCCAACGAGGCCGAGGAUGGCGACGAGCGCGAGGAACAGGACUCGGAGAGGGUGAACGCGACCAUCACGCCCCAGGACUCGGCUCAGGUGGCAAAGACCCUGGCUGCCACCCUCGGCAGUAUCGAGAAGAACGAGGACUCCCAGAGCCCGGCCUCGGCUCGCAAGCCCUCCGACAUACCCGUCAUCAGUACCGCCGUCAGCUCCGAGGCUGAGAACAGUCCCGAGGACUCGCCCACCGAAAUACUGCCUAUCAGGAAGCCAGAAAAAACAUCCAAGGCGGAAAAGGACAAGGGCUGGAAGAAGAGCAGCACGUCGCUACACUCGCCUAGUUCGGCCAAGAGCUUCGACGCCCAGUUGGUCAAUUGGCGAAUGGAGAGUAUUGUGCGCGAAUCCGAGUCGGGCAGCGACGACGAGUUCUUCGACUGUCAAGCUCUGAAAGGCUUCAUUAUACCCACUAUUAAAGAAAACUUUGAGCUCGACGAUAACUCGUCAUUAGCUAAAUGGAGUUCUUUGGAUCUUCUAGCAGAAGAGGAUGACGCGACCUCGCCGACGGUGCCGGAUUAUAGUACGCAGGUGACGCAAAAGUGGUGGGGCAACAAGAGGAUAGACUACGCGCUCUACUGUCCCGAGGGCCUGGCCAACUUUCCUACAAACGCCCUGCCCCACCUCUUCCACGCGAGCUACUGGGAGUCCUCGGACGUGAUAGCUUUCAUCGUGAGGCGGCUCGGUAGGUUCGACAUGCAGCUCCUCGGCAACGAGGACAAGGACCUCACCGACUUCCGUCCGGGCCAGCCGCGGGAAAAGUGGAACAAAAAACGCACCUCCGUCAAGCUCAAGAACAUUUCGGCCAAUCACAGGGCUAACGAUGUCAUCGUCAGGGAUACCGCGCCCCAAGUGCUCUCGGCUAGGUUUAUUUACGGCCCCAUUGGCCUGAUAGCCCUCACAGGCGAGAAGGUCGACAUUCACAUAAUGAAGGAUCCCAGGGCGGGGGAGUGGUCGUACUACGCGACGGAGGUGACGGACAAGAACGGCAGGAUAACUUAUCAAAUUCCGGACGACAAGACGCUCGGCUACGGCCUCUACCCCGCAAAAACGUUUGCUUCGAUUAUAAUAGACGCAAACGUUGACUUGACGGCCAAAAAGUCCGACAUAACGACGUUCAAGGGAGCAUUCGAGUCAGUGAUAAGGCAGCACUACCCGACGAUGAUCGGGCACAUAGCAAUCAAAUUCGUUUCCUGUCCAUCGAUCUGCACCGAAGGUCUUGGAAUAUUAUCUAGUCUCAGCCCGUACAGCUUCGACGUGUCGCCGUCGUGCAUGGACGCGCCCCAGAUAACGCACGACACGAUACCGAUCGGCGCAAUACCGAUGUUCGCGACGUCGACCCCCGAUUACCAGGAGUCGGUGACGCGCGUCGUCAACGGGGCCAACCAGGUUUACCAGGAGUUUGUGCGAAGCGACGAGGGCCGCGGCUUCCACGGCCAGGUCUGCGUGAUCGGCGACUCGGUCGGCUCGAUCCUCGCCUACGACGCGCUAUGCCGAUCCGCCCAGUACCAAUCGAGACACGACAGCGAGAACAGCAUACUCGACCACGACAAUCACGAGAACAACGCUACCGACGACGGCAAACACCUAUCGGCACCCUCGCCCAGGAGACGCUCCUCGUCCACGAGCGACCACUCGCACCAGUGCAAGCUCGAGUUCGACGUGAGCGAUCUGUUCAUGUUCGGGAGUCCGUUGUCGCUGGUGCUGGCCUACCGCAAGGUGUCGUCGACGGCCGAGCGAACGAGCGCCAUCAUCCGCCGGCCAUGCGUCAACCAGGUCUACAAUCUCUUCCACCCGACGGACCCUGUGGCCGCCCGCCUCGAGCCCCUCAUCUCCGCCCGGUUUUCCUGUCUGCCCCCCGUCAACGUUGCCCGCUACCAAAAGUACCCCCUCGGCAACGGCCAACCCUACCAUCUACUCGAGACGUUGCAGUCGAACCCCCAGCUGUUCGCCGAUGGCCUGAGCGUCCCCAACGUCACCAUGUCCCAUCUGAGACGACUCUCGGACUUAUCGAUCCACAGCACCAUGUCUGGUAUAGAUACAGUACCCCUCCAAGCUAUGACCUCCCUGACGCAAAAGUGGUGGGGCAACAAGAGGAUAGACUACGCGCUCUACUGUCCCGAGGGCCUGGCCAACUUUCCUACAAACGCCCUGCCCCACCUCUUCCACGCGAGCUACUGGGAGUCCUCGGACGUGAUAGCUUUCAUCGUGAGGCGGCUCGGUAGGUUCGACAUGCAGCUCCUCGGCAACGAGGACAAGGACCUCACCGACUUCCGUCCGGGCCAGCCGCGGGAAAAGUGGAACAAAAAACGCACCUCCGUCAAGCUCAAGAACAUUUCGGCCAAUCACAGGGCUAACGAUGUCAUCGUCAGGGAUACCGCGCCCCAAGUGCUCUCGGCUAGGUUUAUUUACGGCCCCAUUGGCCUGAUAGCCCUCACAGGCGAGAAGGUCGACAUUCACAUAAUGAAGGAUCCCAGGGCGGGGGAGUGGUCGUACUACGCGACGGAGGUGACGGACAAGAACGGCAGGAUAACUUAUCAAAUUCCGGACGACAAGACGCUCGGCUACGGCCUCUACCCCGUGAAGAUGGUCGUGAGAGGCGACCACACGUCCGUCGACUUCAUUUUGGCUGUGAUACCACCAAAAACCGAGUGCGUUGUGUUUAGUAUCGACGGCUCCUUCACCGCGAGUGUCUCGGUCACGGGCAGAGAUCCCAAAGUCAGGGCGGGCGCGGUCGACAUUGUCAGGCACUGGCAAGAGCUGGGCUACCUGAUCAUUUACAUAACCGGGAGGCCGGACAUGCAACAACACAAAGUCGUCUCCUGGCUCGCGCAGCAUAACUUCCCGCACGGCCUCGUCUCCUUCGCCGACGGACUCUCGACCGAUCCCCUGGCGCACAAGGCUGCCUACCUCCAAAAGUUGGUCCAGGAGCACGGGGUGGUAAUCCACCACGCGUACGGCAGUAACAAGGACAUAAGUGUGUACACGUCGAUCAAUCUGCAGCCCCACCAGAUCUUCAUAGUGGGCAAGGUGCCGCGGAAGAAUCACGCCCUGGCUACCGUGUUGCACGACGGUUACGCCGCCCACCUGAGCGCAUUGCAGGCCCACGGUGGCUCGAGGCCAGCUCAGGGCAACGCUCGCAUGGUCAUACCCAGGGGCCAGUUUGGCCUGCCCGGACAAAACGCCUCGCUGCGUCGCAGAAGGUCAAUGACGAAGCGCGCUGUGCCACAGCCGUUGGAGGAGAAGAGCCCACUCGAGCGCAGUACGAGCGUGGGCCCGCCGACAACGCCCUCCUCGCCCCAUCAGGAAUCACCGCCCGGCCGGUCCGUCGUGCCCGACAAGUUAUGACGGUUCGCCCGCUGUCGCUCUCUAUUCGAGCCACGGCGGUAGAACGAUAAAUUUUUUUUUUCUUCGUUUAUUCCUUACGUAUACUCCCAUUUACGCAGCUUCGUCACGAUUACCGUACAUUACUAUUAUUAAUUGACGAAUCGUUGCCGUUGAUUGUGUUGGUAAUUAUUUUGUUUUCGCGGUAUAAUUGUACACACGUGGGUGCUAUACAAUCUUUGAUUGACCUUUGGAAGGGUCCGCGACUUUUUUUUUGAGUUCAUCGUAUGCCCUUUGUUGCGCGUCAUUAUUAUUACUCUUCUAAUAUGGUUCUCCGCGAACUGCUUCUUCCUAUCUUGUUCUCAUUCUCGGUGUUUGCGCACGAGGGUAUAGUGUGUGCUUGUUUAUACCUGAAACCUAUAUAUAUUAUAUUGGGGUAUAGACUCUGGCUAAGCUCGAAUUCCUUGAUCGAGUGUGCAAGUAUACACACGUACGAAAAUGACGAGGCGUCUACUGUUCUAUUAAAAAUAGACCGUAUUCAAUGUGUGGCUUCGAUGUCGUAGAUCAUAAUAAUAAUAAUAAUAAUAAUACGUUGUAGCUUGUUGUUUCGAAAAAAUAACGGGUUAAAAACAUUUGGUUUGACAUAUCCCCUGUAUGCGCACUGCGCCGAAGACCUUGAAUUCCAAUAUAAUUAACUGGUGACUAAUAUGAAACCAUCAGGCCCUCUUUUUUGUACCUCUGAUACAAUAUUGAUUUAGAAAAAGAAAUUCGAUUUGUAAAACGUGCGUGAGAUUCCCUCAAAUUUUUUACACCCGCUGGAAUAAACGUGUCUUCGCGUACAGCCUUUGCGGUUCUAAAUUCCAAUGACGUAUGAUUUUUAAAAGUCAAACACUGUAUUUGCAGCCGAAAUGUAUAAGUACCUAUGUGUAUUGUUUAUCGCGAAUCAAUGUCACCUGUGAGACAAAAUGAAAGAAACGUUGUGCCAAAUGUCUAUUAAGUAUAAAUAAAUGUUUGUACUUGUAAUUAAUGUGAAACGAUAGUGUGUGCAAUUUUAUUUUUCAUACGACGGUGAAAUUGUGUGUAUACUUCCACGGUGUAUUACAACAAUUCAUUUCGCUAACGAAACUUUUAAGUCGAAAAUGUAUAAAUAUUUGUUGAGAAACGUUUUUUCAUUGCUCAAAUGUCAUUGUACUCUGAAACAUAGCAAAAACAUAAUAAAUUUACACUAUAAGAACGAACAUGUUUUUCGAGUGUAUGUGACGGUACUUUAUUAUUUAUAAGAAAGUCACAUGUUUCUAAAACAUAAAAAAAAAACAGCUCAGCUUAUUGUCUGAUUAACUACUGUAUUGGUGGAUUCUUUGUAUGAAAAUUAUGUAAAGCCCGAAAACCCUAUAAAAUACACUAUCUAGAGGACAAACAUGAGAAAAACCCUAGUAGGAUUUUGUAAAAAAAAAAUGAACCAAAAACAGGAAAAAACAAAAAAAAACAAAAAAAAAAC